ACAACCCCACGCCGCUGAGCGUGGAGGAAGGUGCCGGAUACCGAAAGGUCCCGUGUGCAUGGCAACGCGAACAACAGAGCGGCGGCACCACGUCCCACAUCUGGAGCACGCAACGCAACGCAGCGGGCUGCAGGCGCGGCGUGCUCCAGAUGUUGCGCCUCGCUGGAGCGGCGAGAGGGCUGCCGCGCUUCCGCGCUGUCAUUGUUUCCGUUUCCACUUUCCAAAAGCCACACAAGUUUUCCGGGGGCUGCGAGCGCUCGCGUCCUCCCGCUGAACUCGUGUAGGUGCGCUGGCCGCGCAAGUCGGGAUUUUGUCCUUUCGACGUUGCAAUGGGGGACAUCGAGGCUCCCAGCUCGACGCGCCGGACCGUCCUCCUGUCGAUCCUGCCGACUAAGGAGUUCGCCUCCUCGCGUAAAGGAAUGCUCCUAAUUGCCGAAGUGGCGCUGUCCUUCAUAGCGUUUGUGUGCUUCGUGGCAUCCUCGGCCGCAGCCUUCGUCACGGCGCCCCUCCUAGAGUUCCUGGCUGCCCUCUUCUUGCUGUUUGCGUACUCCACCAAGUUCAACGAGAGAUUUAAAGGAUUCUACUGGCCUCUCAUGGACUUCCUGAGAUGUGUGAGCGCCUCCAUCAUCUUUUUCAUCAUCUCCAUACUCGCGGUGUCCAAAUACGUAGACGGGGCCUCCAAGGCGGCCGGGGUUUUCGGGUUUAUCGCCACCAUCGUUUUUGCCUUAGAUUUCUACAUCAUCUUUAAUGACCUGGCAGAUUUCCUGAAACAAGGAGGGGAGUCCAAUGAGGAGUCACCAAGACAUCAAGACGACGAUUCCUCGUACGCCGACUCGGACUGAGCAGCUCACCCGGGGGAGACUCACCUGGGACGGGUUUCAUCAGCCAACUGCAAGAUGGACAGAGAUAAUGUGGCAUCUGCAGGGACACAUUACAUUGAGCCUCAUAGUAAAGUGAAGACAUUAUUGUACAGCAGAGGUCAUUCUGUGUCACGCUGACUGCUGCUCGAUGGUGAAUGUACUGAGCUGCAGCAGCAGGAUUUGAACUAUCUCACUCAAAAGCAACGACACGUUGAGGAAAAUGCCAAACUUAGCCACACAUGCAGUGUUUCUGCACAAAGUCUGCAAAAUUAUAAUCGAUCCGUAAAAAUACAUUUCCAGCCAGGUCUGCAGUGAACAGUUCUUUUGCUAUGUCGGAUAUAGGCAAAUCCAUAUAAGCUUCCGUAGGGAUUGCUGAUCUUUUUAUCUUAUCGAUCAUUACAAAUGCUCAAAAAAAAUCAAAUAACAAACACUUUUAAUGAGCUUUUCUUGAUCAGUCUUACUUUUCGAUCUUACCAUGAUCUUGCAAAGUGAAAAGAUGAGUAUGUGCACUUCUUGUUUGAGGCAAAUCCUGAACCGGUUCUUAGUCUACUAUGGCAUAUGGCUAACAGCUAAUUUUUUCCGCAGUCCUUGGGGAUGGAUUAUUUUGUUUUUUCCUAGGGCCAAACAAUUUAAAUUGGAUGCUUAAUUAUGGGGAAACACUACGACACCCAAUGAAAUUAUGACGCAAUGUAAUGUGUUUAACCAAUGUCAUAUACGUAUAUCUUUUGGUAGAGAACUGUACUGCAAAUUGCAUAAUUGAAGUCUUGCCGUCAAUCAUCAUACUGUCUGUGAAUCAACAUUGUGACGACCGGAUGGAUCAGAAGAUCUGAAUGAAAAUAUUUUUAUUUUUGCAGCAGGGUGACUGGUCGCACCCUCUAAUACUCUCCUCGCUUACUAAAGUUUAUGAUAGUGUAUAUUUAGGUUAUCGGUUUUUUUUACAUAUAUAUAUAAUAAAAUUUACAUUUACACGUAAUGCAACGAUGACCUCUGCUGUACGUAACGCAACAGUAAAUGAGAAAUAUCUACUGUUCCUGAGAAAGUAUUGAACAGAUGGAUAUACAAAAUGUAGACGGGUAGCCGGAUGUUUGGAUUCGUUACCCACGUGCGCGUCCGCAGACAGGCGGGCACGCGGUGCAGCAGCUCCACCUGGCUAAACGGCACGCGGCGGGUUUGGAUAAACGUUAUUUAGUCGUUGGCGUGCAUGCUCGCCUCAUCUUUUCUUCCCUGAGAUUUGUUUCGUAUUGUAACCGGUUAUUUUGUUGCCCGGUGCGGGAUUCGAUACGAGGUGUACUGCACCACAAGGCGACGUCACUAACCGCUCGGCUAAAGGGUCAGACACGUUAGGUAGGGGCUAACGUGUCUUAUUAGUAGUUUACAGUAUAUCGUCUUCACAAGAAGUAGCCUGCGUUCCUCCUGUUGAGCCGAAGAAGAGCCGUCGAGCGGAAGACCCCGAGGGCCGUCCGAGAAGGACGCCGCGCGCGCACGCGCUCUGUUAGGGCCGCGUUAAGAAUAGAAAAUGACAAGACUGAAUAGGCACUCGGGGACAUUUGGGUUUUGCUGGCCUCCAACGUCAAUCUGGGCUCUCCGGCUGCUGUGAAGCUUCUUUUUUUUUUGGUUUUUGUUUUCGUUGCAUGAUUUAGUUCGGAAAAUAUUCCCCUCGUCGUUGCGUCACAGUGUUCCUCCCGUCCCGAGGGCGCAAUAAGUGAAAUCCGUGUACUUUAAGGUGAAUAAGCUCCAGGAUUUAUGCUUGCUCCUGGCUAGAUGUGCCUUCGUAUUCCCUGCCCAAAACAGGAAAGGCCUGCACUCGGUGUUGAUUUAUGGGGGCCCUUUCUGC